AUUCCUGCCUGCGCGUUCACGUCCUCUAAAUUGCGCGGCAGGCAGCAGCGUCAGCCUCACGCACUUCGGCAGUGGUGAAGAAUCGUUAUUUUUAGCGCCUGGUUCGUGUUGCAGCGUAGGUCGCCAGAGCUCUUCUUCGUUUUUUCUCUCCUCCAUCUCCUCCUUGUCGCAGUUGCGAGCGAGGGCUUGCGGGGAAGCGCGAGAGAGCUACGCAGCGCAUUGACUGUGCGUGGAGUUGCGGGGCUGGCUAACUGCAGAAGGCGAGGAGGAGGAUAACAGGACUGACAGAGCGGGGAGGGGAGCCACCACCAACACACGGCUUAUCACAUAUCACCCGUCCGGUAGACUCUCUGGUCCUCGGCUAACGGCCUGCCCGGAGAUGGCUAGCCCCGCAGCGGGUCGAGAUGUCCCGAAUGCCCCGCCGCGGGACGACUCGGAGCGGCAGGAGCCCCACCAUCCCGAACCAGCCUGUCAGGAGGCUCAGAAAUGGAUAGAGGCUGUAACAGGGAAGAGCUUUGGAGACAAGGACUUCCGCAGCGGAUUGGAGAACGGCAUCCUGUUAUGCGAGCUGCUGAGUGCAAUCAAACCAGGGCUGGUCAAGAAGAUCAACAGAUUGCCCACCCCCAUCGCUGGGCUGGACAACCUGUCAGUCUUCCUGCGGGGCUGUGAGGAGUUAGGCCUGAAGGGCUCCCAACUGUUUGACCCCGGGGACCUGCAAGACACUUCCAUGCGAGCUAACCUCAAGGACUCUGACUGCAACCGCAAACUAAAAAAUGUGCUGAACACAGUAUUCUGGCUCGGGAAGGCUGCCAGCGGCUGCGCCUCCUACAGCGGCCCUACUCUCAACCUCAAGGAGUUUGAAGGGCUUCUCGCUCAAAUGAAGGUGGAGGUGGAGGAAGGAGGCGAGAGUCCACAGAAACGCAGCGUUAGAGACAGCGGCUAUGACUGCUGGGACUCUGAGAGGAGUGAGUCUCUCUCUCCACCACGACACACUCGUGACAACUCUCUUGACAGCCUGGACUCCUUUGGCUCCCGCUCACAGCACAGCCCCUCUCCUGAUGUGGUGAAUCGUGGCAAUAGUGAUGGGCGAGGCAGCGACUCGGAGGUCGACGCCCCCGGCAGGAGGCCAGAUGUGCGAAAGGAUGACAUGUUGGCCAGGCGGACUGCCAGCAAUGAAGCAAGGAGCUCUAUUCCCUUUAACCAGUUUCUACCCAACCGAACCAACGCCAGCUCCUACAUCCCGACUCCACGUCGGAAACAGCAUACAGAGGAGGGAGAGCAGCGGAGUCACCCGGGACUGUUCCACAAAACACCCAAGACUGUCACUUGGGCGCCUGAGAGCAAUGGAGAAAAACUGAAACAGGAAGAGGAGAAGGCGACCCAGGAAGUGUUGGAGCAGAGGAGGCUGCAGAUGUUGGAGAAAGCAGGGAUCAAAGUUCUGCCUGCUGCCGUUCGCUACAGCAGCCUCAGCCCUCCUACGACUGAAGAACAGCAAGUGAGGUCACCGUCGCCGAACAUCAUCCUUCGCUGUGAUAAUGACUUUUUGAGCUCUCAGAAAUCUGCGUGGGACACCUCCUCUGACGGCGAGGAGGAGGUGGUGGUGCGGAAAGUCCCAGAUGUUCGUAAAGACGACCUGGCAUCCAGACGAGGUCAUCGAGGCUCUGUCGCUUCCAAGGUGCACCAGUUUGUCCCUUCACCUGUGUGUAGUGACAAAGACCUGGCGCGCUGGGAAGGCAUUAGACGAGCCUCGCAGCAAACACUGCAGGAGAAGGAGAACAGUGAGAAGGAAGCGGUCCCUGACAUCAUUACACGCAGAGACAACCCCUUCCUAAACUCUGCCCCUCGCCACGAGGAAGAGGAGGAUGAGGAGGAAGAGGGAGAAGAGGGAAAGGUUCAGGCGGUGCCUAAUAAGCAGAGGGACGACCUGGCUCAGAGGCGGGCUCAGAGUAGGCCCCUCCCUCACAGGGAUGGACCAAAGAGCUUUGUUUCUGCCCCCAUGAGCCAGGCAGAUAUGCAGAGGUGGGAGAGGCUCAAGAUGACUGAACCCAGUGAGGCUAGCCCGGCCCCUGUGUGUCAGGCUUGUCUGGAGAAAAAUUAUGGAAGUCCUUUCAGCGGAUCAGCAAAGGCAGGACGAGGUCAUGGCAAAGUUGUGACCUUUGGGGGCGUGACUGAGAUCGAGCAGCCAAUAGACACAGUCACGUCAAGUGAAGGGGAGGAGACGGAGUUGCUAAGACGACUCCUUUCCAAGGCAACUGUAGCCAUGCCUACCAUUGGCCUGGGCUCCCAGCUUUCAGAGCGGGAACGCAGCCAGGUAGAUGGAGCCGACCACAGCCAGACUACCCCUCCCUCUGCUGUCCCCCCUGAAACUCCUUCCUCUCCUGCUGAGCUGGAUGCACGUCUGGCUCAGUAUGAACGGCGAACAGUAGAGGAGGAGGAUGAGGAGGAGGAAGAGGAGAGGAUCCCAGAUCUUCAGAAAGACGACAUGAUGGCGAGGAGGACAGGAGUUUUCCAUAAACAAAGCACUGCCCCUGGGAUUUACAACCGUUUCCUGCCUUUGCCCGCCUCCAAACGCUGCACACAAGGGGAGGUCACCACUGAUGCUGCUCCACGGAGCAAAAGGGAAGUGCUGGCAGAGAGGAGCAAGAUACUGAACGCCAGAGCGGAGCAACAGCAACCCAGAGCUCUCAUGGAAACACCUCAGCCGCACCCUCACACGACGGUGAUCCGGGCAUCGUCUCACAGCGAAUGUGACAAUGAUGACGAUGAGUAUGGUGAAAACGAGCCUCUGCCUGACCUGGAGAAGGACGACAUGAUGGCUCGAAGGACCGGAUCAUUCCAGAAACCAAUUGCAGCUAAAACUGUUCAGUCCAGCAACCAGUUCCUGCCUGUGCCUGGAUCUGUUAAAUACAGUGUCGCUCCAGUGUCUGCAAUGAAGCCGCUACACAACAGACCCAAACUCACAGAGAAGAUGGCCGGUGGAAGCAGCGUCGUUACCGUGCGAGCAGAACCUCCGGCCCCGCCCUCCAAAGCCCCAACCCUCCCUCAGAGAGCAGGGCUGAGGGAGAGGCAGGAGGAGGAUGGAAAGCACGAGGGAGACAUCCCUAACACCUCUGUCACAGCUGUGACGGAGCCUCUCUCUUCUCCAUCGCUCACCCCUCCACCCAGUCCUGCUGCUACCCAGACCCGUAAGGUGGAGGCAGAGCUGGAAAAGCAGAAAGUGGAGGAAGAGGUGGAGGUGAAGGUGGAGGAGAGAAAGAGGACUGUGAAUGAGGAACCGCGAAAGAAACCCUUCUGGCUGGAUGACGAUGAUCUGCCUCCUAUAAUGAUGAGCCGGCGAGUUGCUUUUUUGUCUGAGGACACUGAGAGUGUGAGCUUGGGCGACAUGCUUAAUGAGGACGAGGUUGGACUUUUACCAACGCUGAGCCAAUCACGACAUGAGCGCAUGCAUGAACAGUACAACAGCUUUAUGGAAGAAGAGGACCACUGGCAAGACGACUUGACUCGCUGGAAGAAUCGCCGCCGCAGCGCGUCCCAGGAACUGAUCAGGAAAGAGGAAGAGAGGAAGAAGAUAGAGAAAAGGAUGAAGGAUGAGGCAAGUGAGCGCAGCAAGAGGAAAAGCAUCAAGACCUACAAAGAGAUUGUCGAGGAGAAGGAGCGCAGAGAGGCAGAGCUGUGUGAAGCCUACAGGAACGCCGCGACUCCAGAGGAGGCCGCCAUGGUUUUACAGCGCUAUGCUCUUCGCUUCACCAUCAGUGAUGCAACACUGGACAGCCUAAAACUGCCCAGAUCCACUUCAAAACCCAAACAGGACCCACUUCAGGUUGACAAGGAGCACAAAACGACAUCACCUGUUAUUGACUCUGGAACGACAGAACCUCUGCACAAACCAGAACCAACGAUCACGGACCAGACGCCAGCAGAACCCGAGGAGACGGAGAUGGAUACAACUCUUAAGCAUGAGUUGUCAUUGUCUGUCUCCUCCAGCUCCGCUACGCCCAUCAGUCCUCUCAGCCCGGUCACAAACAAAGAAAAUGUGCCACCUCAGUCACUACAACUUAACGAACCUCAGUCCACACCGACAGAGUCUCCAACCACACAGCAAAAACAACCGAUUACAGGAGAUUCAAAGCCUCAAAUCAAACCCCUUUCACCUCAGAUUGCACAAGCGCAGCCUCACACCACACCGCCUGUACACACACUUCCCUCUCCUUCAUCUGUAUCCCCCAGACCCGUCCCCAUGCUGGCAGCCAAGCCCUACUGCCAGCCCAGGAGCACACAGUCUGGACACAAACCUGUGAAGAUGGACGGGUUAGUGCGAUUGAACGGAGAGGCGACGGAGGAUGUAUCAGUUCCCACUCCACCUACUGCUGCUCAGCACCCGCCACAGGAAAUCAAACAUGUUUCCUCUGAGCAGCCAGAGAAAGACCUUCCCUCCAAACAGUCGGAGAAAGAUGUUCCCUUCAAACAGACUCAGAAAGACGUUCCCAACAAUCUGGAGGGGAAAGAUGUUCCCUCCAAACAGACAGAGAAAGACGCUCCCUGCGAACAGAUGGAGAAAGAAGUUCCCUGCAAACAGACGGAGAAAGAAGUUCCCUUCAAAGAGACGGAGAGAGACGUUCCCAUGAAAGAGACAGAGAAAGACAAUCCGUUCAAAGAGAUGCAGAAAGAUGUUCCCUUCAAAGAGAUGCAGAAGGACGUUCCAUUCAAACAGAUGGAGAAAGACGUUCCCUCUGAGCAGCCUGUGACCAGUCCUGUUGAGCCAACGCCUCCUCCACAGGCGGAAAAGCCCACUUCAGGCUCUGCCAUCAGCUCCUUGAUUGGAGGCCGAAACUGUAUCAUCACAACAACUAUUGUGACAGAACUCACUCAUGUGGAGCCGUAUAACCCUGAUAUCCAAAGCAAUGGACAGGUCAAUGGUACUUUGGUGUUGAAUGAGAGACCAGUGGAGGAAAAAAAGGCUCAGCCAGCUACAUCACCGAACAGCAUGCAGGAAUACUCUCCCACUGUCACAGAGGGACUGGAGGAGAGCAGUGUGUCUAUUGAGACCCCCAUGUUGAACUUGGCUAAACGUGUUAAUCACUGGGUCUGGGACCCCAAUGAGGAGCGUAAACGCCUGGAAAGUUGGCAACAGGAGCAGGAGCGCCUCCUACAGGAGCAGUACCAGAGAGAGCAGGAGAAGCUGAAGAAGGAGUGGGAGAAAGCUCAGCUAGAGGUGGAGGAGGAGGAGAGGAAACACAACGAAGAGGAGAGGAGGAUCCUAGAGGAGACUGUAACACCCCUCAAUCCCACUGGUUUGUUAACCCAGCAGUCAGGCCAGACCUUGACAACUUCUUCAGAUCCAGAAAAUAGUGAGACAAAAGGAGGAAACGUUCCACCACAGCAAAACGGCGAAAGAAUCUCCACAGGGAACGAAGAUCAGCAUGCGUCCAAGCUGCAUUUCUUCCAGGAUUCUGUAUGCGAUGGUGAACCGUCAAAGAAACAGGAACUGUGGAAGACGGCUUCUCUGGACCGCAACCCUCAACUAAACCAGCCACAUAUUGUUAAAAGGUCUGAAUCACAUGACGCUGUGAUAAGCAAGCAGCAGUCCUCCCCGUCAUCACCUCAGCCUCCUUCACCCAGCAGGUGUGUUAGUGGGAAGAGAUUAUGCUCUGGUUGUUCUCAACCACUGGGAAAAGGAGCUGCCAUGAUCAUCGACACACUGGGACUGUUUUUCCACAUGCAGUGUUUCAAGUGUGGAGUGUGUAAGGGGCAGCUGGGAGAUGCCACCGCAGGGACUGACGUACGGAUUCGUAACGGACUGCUCAGCUGUCAUGAGUGCUAUAUUGCAUCUCGGGGCAGAGGUCAGCCCACCACACUAUGAUGAUCUUCAGUUGAACUGUCGACGUCAGCGAUGGAGCACAGAAGAAUUCUAGCACCUUGAAUCACAUCCUGGAAUAUUCUGGAAACCUCCUCCUCGAAUCAUCGUCUUUUCCUGAAAUGCACAACAACAGCUUUAUGGACGUAACUGAGAGCAAAACUGGACUGACAUGUGGACUGAGUGACACAACAUCACGUGCACCCACAGUACAGUGUGUGUGCCUCCUAACUGUACACAUGUAAACACUUCGUUUAAUAUGCGUAGCAUGGAUUUAAUCAAGAAGUCAGUGUGUUUAGGCCUUUGCACAUCCAUACUCAGCAUAGUAAAGACACAAAAACAAGGAUCUGCUCCAUCAUAAGCUUAACAUGUUGCGCUAAAAGCUGAACACCAGUGUCUUCAACACAUCAGUCUCAAACCCUUGUCUCAUUAACUCCUGCUUCUGCACUGAUCACGUGACUCCACUCUCACUGAGUGGUGGCGUAAAGUGGUUUGGGUUGGAUGACCUGAAGUAGCUUGACCAUUGCAAUGCCUUACUCAUCAACAUGCGUCAUUUCUUCUCGUUCAUUUUGGUUUUGUGUUUACAGUUUUGCAUGAAAGAAGAACAUAUAUAAGUUAUUGUGAGUAUCGCUCAGAAUGAGUAGUGUGGGUUUUUUGAUGUAUCUCCUCAACUUUAACUUUCCGCCAGUAUGUUGUACAUCCUCAUGAUAUUUUAGACAUUUUUUGGGGGGCAUCCAUCUAACUUACACCAGCUUUUCUCUUUAUGAUAAUUUUUACAGGAAUGAGAACGCAUGUUAUUAGUUAUACUUGUUCUUUGGAUUUUAAAUAUUUUCCCUUUAAGAUGUUUAUCGUUUAUUCUCAUAGAUUGACUGCAUCCGAAUCAGUGCCUUAUGUAACGAAUGCAAGGACAAGCAGUGUAUGUGCAGGAGUAGUUCACACUCACACAGACCUCAGGGUCUCGGCACAUUGUGUGUGUGUGUGUGUGUGUGCGUGCGUGUGUACAUGUGCGUAUGAAACAGUGCAUGUAAAGGUAUGUAUGCGAUGUGUGAUUGGACUUGAAGCACAGUUCCAUACCAGCAAAAAACAUUUUAAAUGGAUCAGCAUCUUCUUAUCACCUGCUCUCCAUCCUUCCCAUAUGAGCUAAACCAAUGACACAAAGUGAUUUGCUGCUUCCCUGUUAUUUACUCCCCCCCGUAUUAUGACAGUACACAAUGUCCUCCGAUCUCUCCUUGUCUGCCUCUAUCACAAGUGUUGCCUCCCUGGAGUCUGAGCUGAUGGUCUCUCUCCUCUGCAUGUUACCGCGUCUGUCUGGACACCUGACAGCAGCUUCAUCAUCCAGAGGAACUGAGCGCUCAGUUCAUUGUCUUUUAUAGCAACUGUAUGUUUAUCAAUAAAAUAUUUUAAAUCGGA